AUGCCAGUUAGAAAGCAAUCACUCAGUUGGAUUCUUAUGGGUUUUGUCAUCUUCAUUACAACAGAUUAUGUAAAAAGUGGAUUCUUAUUUCGUCCGGUAAACCAAAAGGUGGCUCCCGGAACAUUUUUUCAUCAGGCGUGUGCCACGUUCAGUGAGCCUUUAUUUGCUGAAUGGCAUCAUAAUCAGCGCGUCACAGCCUUGUAUCAGACCCAGACAGCAAGAGUCAGCGUUGAUCAAGGCCAGACAACGCCCUCGCCAUAUGCGGCACAUCACAGCCUCGUACCAAAGCCAGACCGUAAGAAAAUCGGUAGCUGUCUCUUCUCAACAAAUACAACGAGCACAACAACCGGGAGUUCGAAGUUCAAAUUCUUCAUCGGCAGGCAGCAAAAGUAUCCUGUCUGUCAUCUCUCUGUCACUGGCGUUGCUUUUGAACAGACUGGAGAAUAUACCUGCAAAACGGUGCAAGCGAAUUCCGACACAGAGAGCGCCACAGCUGUUGUGCUGGUCCACCGACCAGUACAGGAUCUGCACCUCAGGGUAUUCAAUCAAACAACUCUGACUGUGGACCAGGAGGCAAAGAUUGAGUGCAUUUCAACUGGGGGAAACCCAAGUCCAAAACUCCGCCUAAGCCUUGGAGGUUCGCCUGUAUCGGCUCUGGAAUUCGUCCAAAAGCCAAACUAUCAAGGAGUUACCGUGUCCAACCUGACGGCAAAAGUUCGUCUUCAAAACAAACAUCACUGGAACGUGCUUGCGUGUCACGUCGAUAUGGGAAGCUAUCGAAGCGUGAACCAGACAUUCACAAUCUUACACUUAAUCGGAUAU